AUGAGUAAACUGGGAAACACCCUGCUUUCGCGUUUGGUUAUCUACUUGCUUGUUCUACCUCUUCUAGUCUCCGCGGCUGCCGAGGAAGAAAACGACUUCAGUUGCUCUGUUCCUUUGAAGAUUUCAAAUUAUUUUAGCCUCGUUACCGGCUCAAUCUGCCUCAUCGCCCCUUUCCUCCACAUUCUUCCUGAUGCCAUAGAGAGCCUCACUAGUUCUUGCCUUGGAGAUGAGCCAGCUUGGGGUGAUUUCCCGAUGGUUGGAGUUGUAUCCAUGUCUGCUAUGAUCCUAACCAUGAUUGAAUCCUUCGCUUCAUCUUAUAUGAAAAGAUUGAAGAGUAUAGCCUUUGAAAAUAAAGAAGAAGAAAACAAGAAGGGUGAUCUGAUUCAUGUUCAUAAUCAAAGGCAACAUGAUCACAAUAAUAUUAGACGCAAGCUCCUAACUCAUGUAUUGGAAUCAGGGAUUGUGGUUCAUUUGAUAAUCGUAGGAAUAGCUUUAGGAGCAUCUUCAAGUGUUAGCACCAUUAAGCCUUUUAUAGGUGCAAUAACUAUACGUCAAUUGCUAGAAGGAGUUCGUCUUGGACGUUGCAUCCGGUUGUUUAAACGCUGCAGCUGCCGGAAUAUUAUUUUACAUGGCGACUUUUAG